UAGUACUACUAGUCUACUAUACUCAAGUUAUUACUCACUUGAUAGUCGAUACUCGUAAACCCUCGCUGCUUCCUUCCAUUUCUGAAUUCCAAUUGCAAAAUCCAAAGCUCGCGGCAACAUUGAUGCUGAUACAGAUUCAGUUACCCUCCUCCAACUCUUGUAACUAACUUUCUUGUUAUUUCUCUUUCCAAUUCCAUCAUGUCCAUGCGCCCCUUCCUCCCCAAAUGCCUCUUCUUCAGCUCUUCGCCAGCUCGUGCUCUUCUUCUUCCACUUCAACUCAGCCAAUUCUCGUCUUCGUCGCAUUCGCCUUCGUAUCAUCCGAGACGGUUAGAGGAGGAGUCACGCCACGUGAGGGUGUCGGUGUGGUGGGAUUUCGAGAACUGCCAAGUGCCGAACACCAUCAACGUCUCCAAGAUCGCCACCGUCAUAACGGAAGCCGUUAGAGCCAACGGUAUUAAGGGGCCCGUCCAUAUAACGGCCUUCGGGGAUGUCUUGCAGCUUUCUAGAUCCAACCAGGAGGCACUUUCUUACACCGGCAUUCAUCUCGCCCACGUUCCCAAUGGUGGAAAGAAUAGUGCUGAUAGAUCUCUUCUUAUUGAUCUAAUGUGUUGGGUUUCUCAAAACCCGCCACCUGCGCAUCUCUUUCUGAUUUCUGGGGAUAAAGACUUUGCUGGCAUAUUGCACCGCUUAAGAAUGAAUAACUACAACAUCCUGCUUGCAACUCCAGGAUCAGCUUCUGAUGUGCUAUGCGCUGCAGCAACUAUAAUGUGGCACUGGCCAUCUUUGCUUAAGGGAGAAGAACUUACUGGAAAGCAUUUCAAUCAUCCUCCAGAUGGCCCUGUUAGUUCUUGGUAUGGAAAUUAUAAGGUGCCUCUUGAAAAUCCCUUCUCAGCUAGUGAGCAGUCUGCAUCUUGUCAAAAAGCAGAAAGCUGUGAAUCUCCCCCAAUUCCUAAGUCAGUUGCAAGGCAGGUUAGGAAAAUAUUAAGUUCGCAUCCAAAAGGGAUGUCCAUUACAGAUUUUCGUGCGGAGUUGGCUAAAAAUAAUGUGCAAUUGGAGAAAUCAUUCUAUGGACAGAAAAAGUUUUCCCGUUUUCUUCUAUCAAUACCACACGUACAGCUCAAGCAUUUAGAUGGUGUUUAUUUUGUGUGUUUGGCUCCCUCAGAGUUUCCCAAACCCCUUGCAAGCAAUGAUGGGCCAUCAAAAACACCUGCUGUUGGGAAUGAAACACCUCAAAAGUUGAAUGGUGAGAGUAAAAAUAUGCCUAGAGAUGCAGAUAGGACGCCUUCAAUGCCCUCAUUGCAUGAAAGGAGUAGUGAGAAGAUUGGGAAUAUGACUGAUGCACGAUUGUCUAAGGUUCAACUGCCACAAAAAGACAAGGAAGUUUCACAAUUUAAGGCAGAUAAUGAGAUUGUAACGCCUGACAAGAUAGGUCUCAAUAAAUCUGGAAAACCUACUUCAUCAGAUGACCACUCUGCUCAGAACACAUUGGUAGAAAACAAUCUUGUUGAUGAUGAAUCUGGAAAAUAUAUAGCUGAGUACAAAAAUGAGGGGCCAACUAGAGGGGAUGCUGAUGAGGUUUGUCAAAGCUCUUAUUCUUUGCCAGUUGAUGACUUCAUGGUUGACAAGAGGCAUGGUGGGAGUGUUGAAACUCAUAGCAAAAGUUCAAUAUUUGGUUGGAUUAGAAGUUGGUUUCCAUUUUGGAAAAGAAAUGCUAAAUCUGAUGAUUUAACCACUAAUAAGACCAGCAUGGAUAGUCACUCUGAGUUUGAGGAGCCCAAGUUAUCUCAACUGGACAUGGCAGUAAGUCAUUCGGAGGAGCCCAAGCUAUGUCAACCAGACAUGGCUAUAGACGAGACUAUAAAACAUUCUGAGGAGUCCAAGCUAUCCGAACAGAACCAGAGUGUUAUUCAUGCCGAAGAGCCGAAAAUAUCAGAUCAGGCGCCCAUGUUAUCUGAGCCAAACCAGAUUGUUAGUCAUUCUGUAGAGACCAAAUUAUGUGAUCGGGACCAGACUGUUUCUCAGUCUGUAGAGGCCAACACAUCAGAAGUGAACCAGAAUGUUGGUCAUUCUGACAAGCCCAAGUUAUUUUUUAGAGAUUCCUUUUGGAAUUACAUGGAAUCUUUUGUUUUUACCACCCAAGGAUCAGUUCUCGUCUCCCUGUCAACAAGCAGGGAGGAUUUGGCACAAAAAUUACAAAAGGGCGGUCCUGCGGUUCUCAAGUCUCUCACUGAAAAGGAUAUUCUUCAACUGAUUGAUUUAUUAAUAGCAGACAAGAAAUGGUUGGAAGUAAGCAGCUCCACAAACUACCCAUUUAAGGUGACUCGACCAGUUCAGAAGAACUCAUCUAUGGGCCUUUCUCAUGGUGCGAAUGGCCUUCGAUCUCUCUUUUUAAAUAGAACAUCACAGUCCAACCUGCAGAAAUUACUUGAACAUGAUGCAGAGAAACACAAUCAGAAUACUCCUCAUACUAGUGUUUUGAAACUUGCCACUGAAAAACUAUAUGCUGAGAGGUCUAGAAAUGAUAUAUUAGUAGACUGCCAAAAAGUUGUGGAUGAAAUAUUGAGAAUCCACCCAGAGGGAUACAAUAUUGGUUGUUUCCGAAAACUAUUUUAUGAGAUGUGUGGCUAUCAUAUUAGUUUACAGAAGCUCGGUUAUAAAAAUUUGGCAUCCUUAUUGCAGACAAUGCAGGGAGCUAAAUUAGAGUCCACUAAUAUUUUUCCUUCAGAUAGUGAAUUGUCUGGUUCAGCUCCAAAGGAUGAUAGCAUGGACUCUCCAUGGGAAGAAUUAGGUCCUAUUUCUGCCAACAAUUCUGACCAGAGUGAUGUGGAGUCAGAAUUAAGUAGGAAUGCCAAAGAACUGGAUACCUCAAAGUAUCCUGAUUAUGAACCUGUUGGCUUAGAUUAUGAUCCUUCUGAGUCUGAAGAAGAUAGUAGCUGUUUAACUCAACCAGAAGAGCAAGGAAAGCCAAGAUGUAAUGAGCAAGACAGUUCUCUUCUCAAAGUUUUGGAUUUCUGGCACUGUAGAAAGGAAGGAGAGAAUAGUGCAAAGAAUUCAGAUAGUGUUGACAUCUUUAAUAAUGAUUCUCUGAAAAGGAUUUUGAAUCCAUCGGGCGAGUCAUCUCAGGGUGCCCUUUCCAAAAUUCCUUCAGGGAACUAUAAAGAGAAGCAUAGUUCUCGAAAGAGCUAUUCAUUUGUAGCUGAUCCACUUUUAUCCCCGAAGGACAAACUGAUUGAUGGGAUGCUUGAUGGCUUCAAGAAAACAGAUGAGUCUAAGAUGCAAAAUUGAGGAGUUAAUGGUGUGAACUAGACCGGAUUCUCAUCACUCAGGAUUACAGUCCCAGACUUUCCUUUUAGCACACAUUGUAGUUUUAGCUGGCCAUGGUACUAAUAGUUUAAUUGAGGAUGAUUCAAGAAGUUGGUGAUUGCAAUAGUUGAUGGUGCAGCUAUGGAAAAUUCUUUUGGUCGGAACAAUUAUAUUAUUAUAUAUGCUAUUAGUUCUUGAGCUUAGCAAUAAGUCACGUAGUUAACCCGGAUGUAGUAAAUAGGUAAAAAGUGAUGAGUCCAUUAUAUGCAGUAUGCUAUUGCUGUUGGAAUAGAUAUCUGAGUUUUGAUUUCUUGCGUGCUGUGUUGGCAUGUGACCAUAUUAUGGUGAUGUCCCAUACUUUUGAAGGGGCAUGAGCCGUACAAUGCGAUGUUAAGUGUUAACCCAUUUUUGUUCCCAAGAACUGUUUACAUUAAUUUGGAAAUUGAGGAUGGCUCGACGCUGUCAUGAUCCAAGUCAAACCCAAGCGCAACAAUAAUAGGAUUCAGUCUUCGUUUUCUAAUGAUAACAAGCUUGACAUGCAACGUGAAGUCAGUUUAAGGACUCCUUCCUUCCGUUUUGGUGGUAGUUUAAGGACUUAAUAAAUACUUGUUCAUGACUUUCAAGAGUAUCAGGCGGGUAAAAACAUUUAUACCCCCCUUAGAUUGUCUCAGCCUAUAUGAUAAAACAAACUGCUUUCUUAUAAGUUUGCAUUUGUGUAAUUACCG